GUGAGCUACCUCGAGGAAGAAAUCUCGAGGCUGUCGAACCAGCAGAACGAUGAAUCGGUACGAAAUUGGUUGGAGGGUAAGCCCUAUAGGCGCGCUUCGGAGUUCUCAUGGGGCACCAUAAGGACGCCCCGUGAUGAGCAAUCCAGCCAGGUCAGUGGCAUCAGCGAGUCUCCAUCAGCAGCGCACGACAGCCGAUCCCCGCGCGUGCACGACGCCCAGCAGCACCGCACGCCCACAGGCAACGUUGCGGUGCUGGACAGCCAGCUGUCCCACAAUAUGUCCCCCAAAGUCUCCGUCAGCAGCGACGGGUCAGAGAGUGUCGAGGAGGACAAAGAUGGCGAGACCGACGCAUGUUCGGCGGAUGCGGCAGGCCAGGAUGAUUGUGAGGACGAGGCUGUGGGUCAGCUCGGCCGCGGCCAGUACGUGUGGCAGUGGCAGCGCACCAAGGGUGGCUUUCGUAACUACACUGCGGAUCAUAAUGACCAGAUCGAGAAGGCCUACCAGCGCGGCCAGUCCAAGGUGCGCAUCAAGAGCGGGCAGGAUGGUAAGACGGUGAUGGAGAUUUGUUUCGUCGAUAUGGUCCAGUUGAUUUUCCAUGGCGGGUCACGCUGGGAGUCCUACGAGAAGUACAAGAAGCGCCAGCACGGUUUGCUCGGAAUAUCUGAAGGAGAAGAGGAGGGUAACCUAUCUUUCAGUCACCUCGGGCCAGUCGACACAUUUUCCAGUCAAUUUGUUUAUUCUGAAAAAGCCGACAACAUCUGCACUAGGAUGACUGGGAGCUCCGUCUUUUUCGUGGUCUCGGUGCUAUUCACGUUGCUGAACCUGCUAUGGAUCGGCAUCAGCACGGAGCUUGGCGAGUUCAACCAGAGUUUGUGGAAUCGGGGCACAGAGUCCAUUAUAAUCGAGCAUAUCUUCACGCUUUACAGCAUUGUCGAGAUCGUGCUCCAAGUCAUGAGCAUGAAGCACAGGUCAAAGUGCUUUUUCAGUCCCUGGUUCCGCCUUGACGCAGCGUGCACUGUUGCAAUCGUGCUGGAGGUUCUCGUGGCCCCCCACGUGCCAGCCGCCGCAGGUUCCCUGCUCGCCUACCAGGUGCUGCGACUGACGAGGCUGGCGUGGCUGCUCAAGUUGACGCGCGCAAGGCGGGCCGUGGGGACUAUUCUGAACGAGAUGGCCAGUGGCAUGCGCUCGGCGGCUGACAUCUGGAUCCUUAUCGCCGUCCUCCUGUACACCUGUGGCGUGCUGCUCACCGCUGCCAGCCAUCGCAGCGAGCAUCUGAGGGAGCGGUACUUCGGGUCUGUGGGUCACACGAUCUUGUCGCUGCUUUCCCACGGCGUUGCCAUGGACGGUCUUAGUGAAUUCUUCAACGACUUGCGUGCUCAUCACGCGAUCUUCGAAGCGUCGGUGUUUGCCACGUUCGUGUUUCUGACCUAUUUCGGGCUGUUGAACAUGCUUGGGGUCGUCAAGUGUUACAUGGAUGACAACGGUGACUGGCAUAUUAAUGGUGCUACGUUCCAGCUGAUCAUGCAGAACGCCGACGUGCUAGAAUCUCUUCGAGAUUGUGGGACCGACGUCGACGGGCUCUUGAUGUUGACCGAGGUCUUGUUUCCUACUGAAGCCUCCGUGAUUACAUAUCAAGAGUUUGUCUCUGUCAUCGUGCGCCUCCGUAAGGGUAAGCCCGUGAGCAUCUCUGAGGUCAUCGGGCUUCAGGAGUUCAUGAAACAGAAGAUGGAUCAGCUCGAUGAGAGUAUUCGAGACGGAAUGCAAUUGGAGAGCAGAGCGGCGUCAAGGGUUGGCAGCGUCGUUGACGCAGAUAGAGUGCGUCGCAGGGUCACGCAGUUGACCGCAGAGGUAC